CCCUUUCCACCUUUACGCACGGGCUUUUGGGUUCUUUUACGCGCCGUUCGGAGACAAAACUCUUCGCUUCUGCUUCUGGUGACCAUAUUGCGUCAUUUGGUGAUAAUGUUUCCCAGUCGGGUCGCUUCUUCCACCACGCCUUUUUCCGUGAAGGAUAUUCUGAAGCUGGAGCUACAGCAGCAAUCUCAGCAGCACCAGCUCCAGCUGAUCUCCUGCUUCGAUAUGUCCGGUGCGCUGUCGCAGCCCGGAGCCUUCAGCUCCCACUCACCGCCCUCCUGCAUGCUGGCAGGCAGAGACAGUCCCAGCCCCAUCAGCUCCUGUCUGUCAGAGAGCGAGGAGAGGAUGUCGUUCCUCAGCGUCCUGAGCGUCCAGGACCGGCUGACGGAGGCCGGAUUACCUCUGGAGGGGUUCGGGAACACGACGCAGAGCCACCCUGCAGACCUGCGGCUGGAGGCCGAGCCGGAGGAGCCUGACAGCAAGAGCUGCGGCGCGUUGGGAGGAGACUGUGACGAUCCAGACUCGGAGAAAGCCGCCGCCAAGCAGCAGAGGACCCGCAGGAAGCCGCGCGUCCUCUUCUCCCAGUCGCAGGUGUUCGAGCUGGAGCGUCGGUUCAAGCAGCAGCGCUACCUGUCCGCCCCGGAGAGAGAACACCUGGCCAGCUCUCUGAAACUCACCUCCACACAGGUCAAGAUCUGGUUCCAGAACAGGAGGUACAAAUGCAAGAGGCAGCGGCAGGACAAGACUCUGGAGAUUGCAGGUCACCACCAUCAUCACCACCAUCACCACCACCCGCCACCUCCGCCGAGGAGGGUGGCUGUGCCGGUUCUGGUGCGAGACGGAAGGCCCUGUCUGACUGGAUCUCAGAACUAUAACCCUCCGUACACAGUUGGAGCUCCCAGCGCGUACAGCUACAGCGGCUACCCGGCCUACAGCUACAACAACUCGGUGUAUUCCAACACCUACUCCUGUUCCUACUCGAGUUUACCCGCGCUGCCUCCCAGCAGCACGCCCGCUAACGCUUUCAUGAACAUGAAUCUGGGGAACCUCGGUGCCCAGACGCAAAGCCAGGCUCCCCAAGGACCGGUGGUCGCCCCCUGCCAAGGAACCCUGCAGGGGAUCCGGGCCUGGUAGCUGAGACUGCAGAGGCGCACCAAAUGGAUGGAUGGACAUGAACUCCAGCCUCCAAUAUGAAAGACACUGAAUAGUUGACAGGAACAUUAAAAGGUCUAUGAAGUAACCUUGAUC